CAGUCCUUAGAGAUUGGAUUGUAUAUUUUCCCAAGACCUUAUUAUACACCUCAUCACAUUGCCUCGCACGCCCGAGACGACCUAGGCUGACGCGGCUCAAGCUGUAAGCUCUUCCAAUAGAGAUAGUCUCUAUCACGGUCUAAUGAUGAGUUGACGCGGACCAUCUGCGUCAGGGUCCCUCCUGUAUUUCUGGGACCUCCUCCAAACGGUAUGGAACCUGAAUCGCUGAAGCUCGCCCAUGGUCUUCGCAGUUUGGAUAUGUUUGUCGAAGUUAAUGAUUUGCUUGCUCUCAUUCUCGCCGAUCCCGGGAAGUUGUUUUGUAGCUGGAUUGCCACGAGAUUGCGAAGUCUGUCUCGCAGAAGUGCAAAAUUCCGACCUGGUUUGCCAAUGGCUUGCAGAUCCUUUAACAUGUCCUUUCGCUUUUGCGAGACAAUGUUCCAUACUGCAGUGGUAGAACGAGGAAAUGAUGAUUAUCAGCGAAUUUUAAUUGUUCAGUUCCAAACACUUGUGUGCUAUCAUGAUCCAAUGACUGAUGAUUUCAUUCUGGACAAGGUAUCGAUCACGAAGUUGAACAAGUCUGUCGAGAGUGUUGACAUGGCUCUUACGCUCACAGCAAUAGAACUAGGCCCCUUCGUCCAUUCAAGAUUCGACUCAUCGGCUCUUCAAGUAUAAACUCUCAGCAUCUAGUUUGGUUGGGGCUGCAUCAGUGCCGGGGCCUUCGUGCUGCGG